GCAGUUUUGGGGAAACCUGUUCGCAACGACCCGCCAAAUCCGUUGACCAUUGUCGUGUUGUGCGGAUUCUAUUCGUGGGAUUGUCUUGCAAGGACCCUACGCUAAAAUAUAUCCUGCAUGCCGGGCCAUCCGAGGAGGCUCAACUGACUACAUCGACCGCAGCGCGCGCCGUACAUUUCGUAUAGCGACAGUGCACACGCCCACACGCUUGUUGCACGCUUAGAGGCAACUGGGCGUCGAGCCAGUGCACGGCCGCAACCAUGACAACGCCGGUGGGAAGAACAGCGUAUAAAAAGAAAGACGGUAUAUUAGCAAUUUCAGAUGAUCAUAAGACUGUCUCAUGGACGCCGAAUACAGGCGAGCCAGCGGUCGUCUCGCUGCAGGUCAGCAGUAUCACCAACCUUCAACAGACACCUGAGACAUCGGCAAAAGUCAUGCUUAAGAUCUUUGAGGAGGGCCAGAAUGGCGGAGACCCUGUAGCGUACUUAUUCCACUUCAAUACAUCAGAGGCGAAGACAGAGGCGUCUGCCAUAAAGGACGUUCUUUCGAGACUUCUAGCAGCCAAGGUCAACGAUGCUGCUGCCUCAAAGGCUGCCCCUACAAAAGCAGACUCUGGCCCUACGUCCAACGCUGGUGGCUCAAGUGGCUCUGCUACAAUGGCCUUUGCCAGUGCUGCUAAUUCACAGCAGGCGACUAGGUGGUUUGAUGAUCAACAGCUUAAAGCUGACAUCGCCCUUCAACAAUCACUUAUCGAAAAGGACAAGAAUCUGAAUAGAACAUAUCGAUCAGCACUGGAGACAAAGCCAGAGUCUCUGUCGGUUGGUGCGUUCAAUUCUCAGUUCUGGUCGACGAGGAUAAACCUUUUGCGAGCUCAUGCUAUUGAGAGUUCACAAAAGAAGGGCGCGUACAAUGUUCUCUCAACAGUUAAGCCACGAACAGUUGACGGAGAGCUCAAGCUCAAUAUCAGUGUUGAGCAAGUGCAGAUGAUAUUUGCUCAGCAUCCUCUAGUCAAACGAAUAUACGACGAAAAUGUGCCGAAACUAUCAGCCGCCGACUUCUGGUCACGCUUUUUCCUGAGUCGUUUAUCGAAGAAGCUUCGAGGCGAACGUGUUACAGAAAAUGACGCUCCCGAUUCCAUCUUCGAUAACUACAAUGCCAGCGAUAAUCUGCGAAAUAUUGCUAGCAAGAUCACACAAAGCAAUGUCCCCCAUGUCAUCGACAUUGAAGCCAACGAGGAAAAUCAAGGAGGCUUCAAGAGCGGCAACGCUAAAGACAUUGAAAUGCGCCCCCGGGCUAAUAUCCCUUUGGUUCAAACCCUCAAUAGCUUGAGUGAGAAGAUCAUGGCCAAUGUAGCGCCAUCCGAUGCCGAGGCUGGCGAUGGACAUUCAAAAGCUCAAGACGAGCUCGCCCUGAGAGAUCUUUUGAAAGACUCCAAAGAAACACGCAUCAUGCUCCACGUCAAGGAACAAAACAAGUUCUUUGGAAAACAGGACCCUGAGCCGUCGUCCAACGCCAAGGUCUUUGCCAAACAAGACCCGCGAACUGUUGUCGCAAAAAUGCAGCUUUCGCUCGGCAUGUUUCAAGAAAAUGAAACAGCGGGUGUAGACCUUCAAGCAGCUAUUGACUAUGACGAUGACGAUGAAGAAGAAGAAGACGACAACGCGUCUCGGAGCGGCACUCGCCUUGAAAUCACGGAAGCCGAAAAGGACAUCAUCAACGGCAUCGCCCAACAACGAGCCCAGAAAUAUGGUCACUCCUCCGACGCUGCCAAACCAAUGGGCCUAAGUGCUCAUCUUGCAGAUGAAUGCACAAUAACACAUGCGACAACCAUUGAGUUCCUGCACCAGUUCUGGGCCACCUUUCUCUCCGGAGAUGCCGAGCGUGCGGCUGAGCUACAACAACUCGCUGAGUCGCUGCAACGUUCCGUCAACCGCAUCAACGCAACAGGAGAUCAAGCAGAUAAAGAGCGUGAAGAGAUCAUUCGUCAGCGAAAGCAAGAGAUCCGUGAGCACUUUGAGCGGACCGGUAAGAAGAUUCGCUGGAAGUCCGAUAUGGUCGGUGGCGGUCGCCCGGCGGUCAUGAAGCUCAUGCAGCCGACGUUGGACGCUCUUGGCAAAGCACAAGCGGAUUAUACAAAAGCUCUUGCUGCAGAAGGGCUACAAUUAUCGACAGAAGCAUAGUCUUUGGUAUAGAUUAAACGCAGCUCAAAGCAUUUGGGCCCUCGACGCAGCAUAUCUCUUUAGAUAUGUGUAAAAUGCAGCCGCUGAUGAUGACACAAAUGUAUAAAUACAAUAUUAUUACCUUUUUAAAAUAUACAAUGAUGCUAAUCUUGACGUACACGGGCCUCUUUUGUCUCUGGCUUACUUUCGUCUACAACCCCAAAACCCAUUGCUGAUCUUCUGUUCUUCCCUCUCUUGCCUCCAUACUGUUCAUCAAAAUUGCGAAUAGCCUUGAGAGACGCCAUGUCUUCGUUAAUACUAGCAGGAAUGUUCUUGAGUGCUUCUUCAAAGUGAUGGUGCUUCAAAACUCGUCGAGUCGGAUACUGAAACGGUUCAGGGCCAGUAUGGCGUUCAGCCUCGAUGUUCUCUUCCUCCACUGCUGCCAUAGCAGCAGCAACGCACAAGUUCUUUAGAUCCGAUCCAGAAUAAUUAGGUGUUCGUUUAGCAUAGUCUUGGAUGUCUAUGCCAUCUUCCAGGGUCUCAUCUUUAAGAAGCAGAUUGAAGAUAGCAACACGGUCUUCCUGGAGCGGUAGGUCAAUAAGAAGCCGUCUAGGGAGACGUCGCAAAACGGCAUCAUCAAGAUCAAAAGGCCGGUUCGUGGCCACCAUGAUAAACGCGUUUGUUUCUUCCAUGCCAUCCCACUCUUUUAGAAAUUGGUUGAUAUGCUCCCUAUGAGAUGCUCUUUGAUUUUGAAUACUUCGGUUGGCAAGUAAAGAGUCGGCUUCAUCAAUGAACACAACGCACGGAGAGAGUCGUUUAGCCAUUGUGAAAACAGCACGGAUCAGCUUCUCGCUCUCGCCAACAUAUUUGUCGUUGAUAGUAGCGCCACUAAUCUCAAGCAUAUUUGCUCCGCUCUCCUUGGCCACAGCCUUUGCCAACAUUGUCUUACCAGUGCCGGGGGGGCCGUACAAGAGACAACCGGGGAUUUUGUCCGCAGCGAGAACACCGUAAGAGAAUGCAUCUGGGCGAACCAACGCAAGAGAUGUGAGGAGCUUGAGCGAUGAGAUUGUUUCUGGUGUCGUGUGAACAUCCGCAAAGGUAACCCUAAGGUUCUCUUUGUUGAUUUGGCCAACUGCAAUACGCUUCUCGUAUUCGUUGAGCUUUACUGGCGCACGGGUCUCAGUCUUUGCAUCGUCUGCUCCGGGAGCUUUUUCUGACGCCGACUUUGAAUCAGCGCUGUCUUCAUCCAGCAGCUUUUUACCAGGUGUUUGGCUCAUUGGCCCCAUUUUUACACGCUCCAUAAGGGUGUUUCUGAGUGCAAGUUCGGAAUCCGGUCCAUUGUGACAGAUAGAACGAGCGAGCUGGUAUACCUCCGGAACAGGCAAGAUAGAGUUGCAUAGCAUCGAUAUGCUGAAUGGAAGAAAAGUCGAAAAUUCUUCAAGGGAAGGAGCUUUAGCUUCUGGCUUUAAUGCAUGAAUCAUCCUUCUGAUAUUCUGCGCAUUUUCAAAAAAAAUAUCAGUUCUUUGCAAGCUCGGUUGGAUAUCUCCAUCCAAAACACUAUCUGUGUGAACGGUAGCGUUGAUAUCCAUAUGACGCGAUACUACAAAGUCGGACUGAGAUAGUUCCAGGACCGCAUCCUGAUACUCGUCCGAGGGUUGUUCUGUAGAUGAUGUGCCAAUGAUAGCAAUACGUCGGCCAUUCCUCCAGGCAUUAUCAACUACUUUACGCAGGCUAUUCAGCAAAAUAGACCCUUCAAGUGUCAUGCUUAGCUCCACAAUGUCGUGAAUAUGAACUAAGACUGGUGGUUCAUCAUUUGUUUCAGACGUCGGCAAGAUAGAUUGAAUGAUGCUCUGUAGAGCUUUGUCGAUCUUUAGAUGUUCCCAUUUGGUAAAACAAUCGAACCCUCCUUCUUUAAUUUUCUGUAGAUCUUCUUCAAGAGACUUGAGCCCUGCAAUACGGGCCGUUAUAACCGUGUUGUCCGUGUCAUCUUCAUCAACUUCAUGUCUCGAUGAUAAAGACGCAUUCUGCAUCAACUUGCCAUUCGCGAGUGCGGUGCGAUAUCCCAGCGUUGAGAGGCCACCUCUAGAGAAUGCAAUAUUCUGCCCGAGAUAAUUUCCUACAACUGUAGCUAGGUCCUGAGCAUCCAGGCGAAUCAAGUCUGCGCCUUCCACAAACGCAAUGUGUGAUGCUAUGGUUUCAGAUAUACCCUUCCCGCUGUAACCUGACAUGGAUAAAAUAUUGAUCGGUCGUUUGCUGCUGUUUGAUAGGGAGACCUCAGUAGCUGGGGUUUUCAAUUCCGCACCAAGGGCAUCGCAAAACAGCGCAAAAGUCUCUGUUGGUAAGUCGCCUAUUGCAUGAGAGAGGGAGUGGUCGAGUUGGUAGUUGAGAUCAAUAUGCUUUCUUAGACGUGAAAUAGGGAAUCUAGCUCGUCCUUCGACUGUCCCAGACUUUGUGUCAAGAUCUUUGUGGAGAUGCCACCACCAAAAAGGUCUUCCCCUGUAGGUGUACUUUGAUUGUCGCGAUGUAUCCAGUGCGGCAAUAGAAUGCUCGGUCGAGUCAAUUAUCAUAUCCCAGACACGUGUGACUUUCUUUAUUGUUUCAUUGGAUUCCCAGUCAUGGAGGGCCUUGGUGGGAUCUUCGUAGAAUGCAUCUAGGUCCGCUGCAAAGGUCUUGUCUUUCAGAAGCAAUAAAUUCAACGCCGAGUCAAAGUAUGACGCUGUAAAUGAGGCCGUGCUUGCAUUCUGUGUAGCAUUCGCCGGCGGAAAUUUCGAUGUUCUCUCUCGUUUCGCAUCCUCAAUCAGUGCAAGCGCAAGUCGGGGCUGCGAAUUGCUGGCAUGCACAGUGACAUUAUCAUCCACGAAAGUCGCAGGUAGAACAACAGGCGGGAGAGCCGACGGCUGUGUCUUUCUGAGUAUGCGACUUCUUCCUGAUAUUGACUGUGAUGCCCUGUGACGGCUAGAUGGUAUGUCAAUGCUCGAUUGUAUCUCGGCUUGGCCUUCCGACUCGGCUUUUGGUUCAGAUGGCCUGCCUCCAGCCGUUGCGGCGGCACUGUACUGUCGCGCAGAUCUCGGAAGCGGGCUGGGCAGACCGGCACUUUCGACGAGCAAUGCCGUCGGUAUCACUCGGCGAAUUGGUCGCGUCAUUCGUGCGAUAUGUAAGUUGUCUGGCU